AUGACAGAAUUACUUCCCAAAGAUGGAAUAAUAUUGGAUAAAGACGGCAAGCCAUAUUGUCCACCAGAUUCAGAAGAAUUGGGCAGGUCAACAUGGACACUUUUACAUACAAUGGCAGCUUAUUAUCCAGAAGUACCAUCAUAUUCACAACAAAAAUCAAUGAACUCUUUCCUGACAACAUUUUCCGAAUUCUAUCCAUGUUGGUAUUGUGCAGAACAUUUAAGGGAUGAGAUGAAAAAGUAUCCACCAAAAGUCGAAAGUAAAUGGGCAUUAGGAGGGUGGUUAUGUGAUAUGCAUAAUAUUGUUAAUGAUAGAUUAGGCAAGACAUUAUUUGAUUGUAGUAAAAUUGAUGAGAGAUGGAAAGAUGGUCCAAAGGAUGGUAGAUGUGAUUAA